ACCAACAACAACCAUUAUGUAUAAUCUCAACUAGAUCGGCCGAUGCAAGCAUCAUCAUCGAACUCUCCAAGCUCAUCUACCACACCCACAAAAUGACGAAGCCUGCAAAACAUGUCGUCUUCGAUGUUGUCGGAACCUGCGUGUCGUUUGACGCAUACUACGAGGUCAUAGAAUCCGUAUUGGGCGACAAACUUCUCAAACACACCAUCACACCGAAGCAUUUUGGAUUCACCUGGCAAUCUGCUGCCGAGUUGGAAUUUACUUUUUUGUCCAUAGCUGGCAGCUACAAGCCCUACAAAGACAUUCUCCGGGGAACAUUUUACCGGACCCUCAUGCUUGCCGGUGUCGCCGACCCUCGGGCCUUGUUUACCGAUGAGGAGCGCGACCAAUGCAUUGAAGGCUACUCGGCUUUGUUACUCCGGCCUGGUUGUGAAGCGGCUUUCAAGAUCCUGCGCGACAAUGGCUUCACAGUGUGGUGUUUCACUACCGGAGAUGUGAAGCGUGUCAUGGGCUACUUUGAGCGUGCCGGCGUUCAUAUGCCGAUGGAGAACUUCAUCAGCUGCGACGGUCUUGGAGUGGCAAAGCCCGCCAUGGCGGCUUAUCAGGUAGUCUUUAACAAGUUGGGAGCGAACGACAUCAAAUGGUUUGCUGCUGCGCACAUGUGGGAUGUUACGGCGGCGACGAAAGUGGGAUUCCGAGGCGCAUGGAGUUCGGUCUAUGAGUUGGAACCCUGUUUGGACAUCUUCAGCCAUGCGAAACUGGAGGUUGUGGCUGGAAGUUUGGAAGACAUGGCGCAACAGAUUGUAGAUAAAUCAUAGCAUCAUCAAUGUAACAUGUUGAGUCGUCGAACUGCA